AAGAUGGUGAGUAGAUGGGAACGUGUAAGAACACAGUUCACCAACUCUUCUUCUAUUAUUGUAUCUUGCGUUCUAUCGUAAUCAUUGCUACAUGUAUAUAUAAAUAUAUGUAAAAGCUCAUUGGAGGAGGAGCAGCAAAGAAACUUUAGCAAAGAGAAAAUUGAAAGAAAGUCGGAAGAGCUGGGAUGGAUAUUGAAGAGCUGCCCUCAGUUUGUGUUCUUGAUGCCUCAACCUAUGUGGGUUUUUGGAUUCUCAAGGGACUACUAAGUAAAGGAUAUACAGUUCACGCAGCCAUACAGAAGUAUAAUGGUGAGACUGGGAUGGAGAAGAAGAUAAGGGACUUGGCGAGAGAGGAGGAGAGAUUGUCGGUAUUUGAAGUUGAUGUUUUGGAUUACCAUAGCAUUCUAAUUGCUUUGAAGGGUUGUUCUGCUAUGUUCUGCUGCUUGGACUGUCCAGAUGGUUAUGAUGACAAGAUGAUUGAUUUGGAAGUUAGAGGAGCAAUCAAUGUAGUAGAGGCAUGUGCACAGACCGAUACCAUUGAAAAGAUUAUAUUCAGCUCUUCACUAACUGCGGCAAUAUGGAGAGAGAACAUUUGUUCACAGGAGGAUGUAGACGAGAGGUCUUGGAGCGAUCAAGAAUUUUGCAGGAAACUGAAGUUAUGGUACGCCCUGGCAAAGACACUCUCUGAACAUGCUGCUUGGGCUUUAGCCAUGGACCGUAAGCUCAACAUGGUUUCCAUAAAUGCUGGACUAGUUUUGGGUCCUGGUGUCUCUCAACAGAACCCCCUAUCAACAAUGUCAUACCUCAAAGGGGUAGCUCAAAUGUAUGAAAAUGGAGUCCUCGCCUCUGUAGACGUGAACUUCCUGGUUGAUGUCCAUAUUCGAGCUUUCCAGGAUCGCUCCACAUGCGGGCGGUAUUUCUGCUUCAAUCAGACUGUGCAUACUGAGGAAGAAGCUGUCAAACUUACUCAAAGCCUGAGCCCUCUGAUAUCAUUGCCGCAAAGGUACGAAUACCAAGGAAGUGAGGUAUACGCUGAGAGGCUGAGGACAAAAAAGUUGAACAAGCUGGUUGAGGGUACUGCCUAGAUCUGUUCAUGGGACACAGGCGAGGUCGAGUUCAGGCUGGAUCUACAUCAAGCGCGGUUUAUUUUUGUCAGCUUUGUUCUAGUACUGCUACUUCGUACUAUUAGUCAAAAACAAAUAAAUUUUUCUUCCAGCUCUUUCGUAGUCGGUGUAAAUCCAAAGAAAAAAACAUAAAAAAUUCUGGCCGGCUAGAACUUUACUGUUUGACUU